AGAAAUGGUAGCGGAAGUGUUGUGAAGAUCCAUUUCGACAGUGUACAUAAUCCAUGAACUUAGAAAAAUAUUAGAACGAAAUGUAGUGUUGUCCCAAGCACUCUUCCUCUCCUGUGUGUUUUUUUCCGUGUGUUAGAUAAAAUGGGUAAUAAUCUGGCGGCGAUUGCGCCCAAUAUCAUCCUGCCUGUGGAGAAGUAUCUAGAGGGACAUGUUUUCGAGACACAGUCUCUCGGCUCAACCAGGUUCAUGAAGGUCGUCAGGGCCAAAAACGCACCCAAUGUAUCCAUAGUGGCGAAGGUUUUCGUCAUUCCCGACCCGAAAUUAGCAGACAAUGUGGACAAGUACAAAGAGGCCAACCGGCUUCUAACGGAGAAACUGAUCGGGAGUGGAGGAGGAGGAAAGGCCCAACUGGGACUGGUAGGUGACUGCUGUCUGCCCUAUGACCACGUGGUGCAAGACUGCAACUACUCGGGUCGCUUCCUGACCAGAGCAUAUCUGGCGGCCAACCUGUUCGACCGACUCUCAACGAGACCCUUUCUCACCACUAUUGAGAGGAAGUUCGUGGCCUUCCAAAUCAUCGUCGCUAUUGCUAGAGCCCAUUCCAAGGUGGUGCGUCACGGGGAUCUAAAAUUGGAGAAUAUUCUGCUGACUUCCUGGAAUUGGGUCCAGGUUUCCGACUUCGCUUUCUUCAAGCCAGUGUACCUGCCUGACAAUAACCCAUCUGGUUUCAAUUUCUACUUUGACGCUUCCAGGCGCAGGACGUGUAACAUUGCACCUGAGCGAUUCAUUUCUGGCGGUGAUACUGCGCUGCGCGACGAGCGAUUCUUCGACAUCGUGAAUGCGGCGCCCUCAUUUGACUCCUCGGGGAACUACCGCGACCUGAUGCCUUCCAUGGACAUCUUCUCAUUGGGGUGUGUGAUUGGACAGCUGUUUGCAGAGACGCACCUGUUCAACUUGUCUGAGUUAUUGAGUUAUAAAUCGGGAUCUGGUUAUGAUCCAAGUGAAGUUAUCAACCAAAUAGCGGAUGAAGGCAUUAGGAAGCUGGUUUUCGACAUGAUAAAAGUGAACCCUUCGGAGAGAAAAUCAGCGGACGAAUAUCUAUGUGAGCACCGCGGAGUAGCUUUCCCAGAGUAUUUUUAUACUAUAUUGUACAAUUUCAUGCGUGCAUUCACGACUCCCAGAAGUUCAGAUAGGAACAUAGUGCUGAUGUAUGACCACUACCCUUCUAUCUGUGAAAAGAUGAGGCAGGAUGGGGUUGGGCAGCAGGAUCUGAAUGACAUGACGCUCAUUGUGUUCUCACUGCUUCUCUCCAACAUCAGGUCUAUCCAAGUCGCCCACUCCAAACUAUGCGCUCUUCGUCUGAUAGAGGCCAUGUGUGAGAAUCUGGACUCGGAUGAAAUCUUGAUCAGAGGGGUGCCCUGUCUGGUCUUCUUCCUCCAAGACUCCUCCUCCAAAGUGGUGUCCACCGCCAUCUCCUGUCUAACAAACAGCCUCUCACACGUCACUCACGUCUCAAGGUCCCAGCGGAAGGUGUUUGUGGAAUAUAUCUUCCCAGAUCUACUGGACUGUGUCUUCACAAAAGUCUCCAGAAUGGCACCUCAACAGCUCCAGAACUACUGUGUGGAAAGUGUGCAUCACGAGUUCGUCAGGUGUUUCCCCCGUCUGGUGGACAUGAGUCUCAAGUUCCUGGACUUGUCCAUAGAGGAUAGCUGGCGAGGAGGGGGAGCAGGUGAGGCAAGUGGGGGGACUAGGGAUAGUGACACGAGUGUAGCAGCUGGAGCCACAGACUUCUCAUCUGCAGGCGUCUCCUACGACGAAGAACUGCGAGUAUUGCGUAAUGCCGUCUCCGAGUUCUACCUGCCCAUUUUCGUCAAGGCGUCUGGCAUGACCAAACAAGUGUUCCUGGAGAGCGACAUGGUUAAACUGUGUGCAUUCCAUGGCAACCAGCCGGAUCAAGACCCUCUGGCCCAGUACCUACCCACAUGUGCAUCUGUGGCCGCUUAUUGGCCCCUCAAUGAGUCAUACUUCAAGAACAUAGUCAAAAUGUGCGCCUAUUACGGCGACAAGGCUACCAAACAUAACGCACUAACGUUCAUAGAACAGGGCAUUCACAACACGGAGGAGUUUGUGAUUGUGGAGACUUUGAGUGCUGUGCGUGAUCUGUACCGGAUGAGUCUGAUCGACGGGAAUGAGAACAAACUGAAGCUGUUUGAAAAGAUUGUCCCACUGCUGCUCCAUCCCAAUCCCUGGAUCAGACUCAACACUGCUAGAGCAAUUGCAGAAGCGUCGGAGUCGGUGGGAACAACGACAGCCCGAGGCUACAUUUACCCGAGAGUAAAUGAGUAUGCUAGAAACUUCUCAACAAAUAACAAAAUGAUCGCUAUUUCGCCACCAGCCUCGCUCUCAGAAACCACUCCUAGAUCGCUGCAGAAUGCCUACGACAAACUAAAUGUGUUCAAAGCCAAGUGGGGCAUCGGAUCAGUGACCAAUACCUCAUUUCUGUUGUCGAGCAUCGAUCCCAUUCGCAGAUUUUCUUACGACAAGUUGUGCGCCUACUCGCACUCUCUGGAGGAGCUGCUGAACUACUGUGAGAGUCUAGUGCUGGUGAAAAACAUCGAAGAGAAGAGCCAGGCAUCCGGAGAUUUCUCAGCUCUCGAGUUUCCGGAGGCUUUUACAGAGAGAGACAAAGUUCUAGUGCAGGCUCUCUAUUUUGAAGACAGAGACAGUGGGAAAGGAUAUGAUGCGAGGCCAGAUCUGCACAAGACGAAGCUGUUGAAAGAUCACGUGCUCACGAGACAGCUUAAUUUAUACCAGUACGGAGGCAACCAGGCCAGUCAGGAGGGAGCGCCCUCUUUCCAGAGAAAUUUCAAUGACUUGUGGCUGCAGGAGAAGACAGGAGUAAUUCUGGUGAAAGCAAAUGACAACGAAAUACAAAAGUACCGACUGGCAGAAGCAGAAAUGCCUUUCUGUUCGACUAUCAGGAUCGCCUCUGGCAACGCGGACACGUUUUCCAUCCCUCUGUCGUAUUUGAACAGCGACAGAUUCAAAAACAAGCUCAACUUUGACAAACUCAAACUGUUUGCUAAGAACUCCUCAGUGCUGCCUGACAAUUCGACUGUGGAGAAAUUUGCAAUGGAGGUGAUGGGUGGGAGCUACUACACUGAGACACCCUGCAUGGGCUACUUGAGAGUGUUAGCCAGACACUGGAAGAGGAACAAUAGACGCAGGGUGGACUAUGUAGCCAGACAGAGGGAGAAGAUGGGGGUGAAGAUGGUGGCGCCCUGGAGACCCACUGGAAGCUAUGUGGCUAGUCUGCAUGACCACAGUGCCGCAGUCAACCAACUUGCGGUGUCUCCUUCUAACUUACUGUUUGCCUCCUGUUCAAACGAUGGCUCAGUCCGCAUCUGGAACCCGAUCAAAUGGGAGCUUAAUCACCAGGACCCUCUGGACUGUUCCGGCUGUGUGAAUGUGAAGCGGGGUCCAGUCAAGAGCCUGGCUUUCAUGUCCUCUGAGACGAUAGUGACUUGUCUGCAGGAUGCACUGCAACUUGUGACCGUCAAUAGAACAUCCACCAACAGACCAUCAGGUGAGUGGGAGGCGGGACUGUUGCGCAGUGUGGGCGUUAGCGAGGAGGGGUCGGUGGUGUCGAUGACGACCAAUGAGAACAAUGUAGUCACUGUGUCCACUAACAACAACACCAUAUUCGGGUGGGACCUCAGGUCAAAGGGUCUAAACAACGCCUACUACUUCCAGACGAAGCCUCACGACGGACUUAUUUCGUCGAUGGUGGUGGCUGACAAUGGACUGUGUGUUGUGUUGGGCAGUUCACUCGGAAGGUUCUCCAUCUGGGAUCUCAGGUUCCUCAUGCCCGUCAAGACGUUCGCACCUCAUGUUUCGUUGUCGGCGAGCAGUCGGUUCAAAGUACCGGCUGUGCACCGUCUGAAGCGACAUCCGUUCGACAGAGAGGCGGUGAUAGCCUCUAUGCGGGGUCACUACGAAGUGGCAGUGUGGAAGCUGGAGUCUGGCUCAAGGAGUAAGAUUUUCUGGAGUAGUUCAAGUGACCCUCUCAACUACCAGCAGCCCUCUUCAGCUAGGGGAGGGGCAGGAACGGGGACAAAUAGCUACGCAAUGGGAUUCUAUGCUGUGGGCGAGACAGAAGCUGAUUUCCAAAUCAUAUCAGGUGGGAGUGACAAGAGAGUUCGCUUCUGGGAUGUGUGCAACCCUAAUAGGACUUAUGUGGUCAGCAACAGCAUCCAACCGGCGGGAGUAGAGCAGACAUUCCACUACUCUCAGCACAGAGUGGCCAUCUCACGCGACAACAACUACUCACUCAGGUCCAAUUCGGCCAACUCGAAGCGUCUUUCAGUGGUCGACAGUAGUGGCGAGUAUGCGGAUGUGAUCAGGGAGUCCAUAUCGGAUAGCCAGAGACAGCAGAUGUUCCGGAGGGGACCAGAGUUGCCGGCAUUCAGUCACCGGGACAUGGUGACGGAUGUAGGGGUGGUGAUGGGGAGCCAGAGCGGGACCUCUUACCUAAUUUCCAGUGACAUGUCCGGAGUCAUCAAAGUGUGGAAGUGAAGUGAAUUUUACCUGAAGAUUACAAGCAACAUGCUGUCUCCCUUCGCUGUCACUUUCAUACUAAAUGAAACUUUUUCGCCGCCUCUCCCCGCCCACGAUCUCAAAAUUGGAAUCGAUUUUGGCGCGAGAAAUGAAUAAGAUGUUGGAGUAUGUUGCAAAACAUCAGUUUCCAUUGUGGCAAUGUUCUCAUAAAUCAAGAGAUCGUUAAUGGUGGAUGGGGAAGAUGGGAAUGUUUCCAUUGCCAAGAGUGAUUCUGAUUGUGAAGUGAAUUGUUUUAUACAAAUUGUUUCUCAAAUGGUCUAUUUAUUUUAUUCUUAGAUUAAUAAAGCAUCAUAGAUUA